AUUUAUGAUUUUAUAAAUAUUUAUUUUGUUAACUAAAUUAUUCAAUUCAUCUGUGUAAAUUGUUCCAUUAAAAAACUCUUUGGAUUUACGACACGACAAAAAAUCCAAACCAGUAUAAAUGCCUUUCGUCGAAAGAUUCGUACAAAUUCGUAAUUUUGUUAUGAACGUUUGUCUCGUCGAGGCCAUACAAUUCGUCCAGGACCUAACCCAUGCUAUUUGUUUGGACUUUCAAGGCCUCUUCAAUCUCAAAUAGAGCUGGCGAACUGGUUCGCUCAUCUCAUCAAUCGCAGUGUUGCUCAGGAGCAACACACCCCCACACACACACAUACGCACACACGAACACCCAAACACAUACACACGAACACACACUCACCCACUAAAACUCAAGCACUCACAUACACACAGGAAGACAAAUUCCUGCACAACCUCCCGACGGACAGCCACUAAAAGACCUUUUUGCUUGGUUUUAAAAACUAAACGACCAUUCGAUAAACAAAUUGAACAAGUUGAUAACCGAACAACAAGAACAGCAGUCGUUAAGCGAUAA